UGGAAGGUUCUUAAUAUAAUUCAUGAUAGGGAAUAUUGUGCUGUUCAACGGCUAGUAUAUAUGAUACGUAAACCACAUAAUUUUACCUGUGAAAAAUAGACAUUGUACCUUUAAGUGUGGAUUCGUAUUGAAAUAACAUAUAGGAAUAAUUAACAGGACUAGAAGAUGAAGGAAAACACGAAAUGCGGAUUUUGGUGCUUUUACCCAAAGUGGCUGCAAAAUUGGGCCACUUCGCGGACCUUCAUCGCGGUUUAUGGUCUCCUCGGCACUGUGCAGUCGAUGGCCUUUAUUUACAUCGUCGUGAGUUUGACGACCCUAGAAAAGAGAUUCAAAAUUCCCAGUCGGACAACAGGUAUAAUAAUGUCAGGCAACGAAAUCUCCCAGAUCCUAUCGGUCCUGCUGAUCUACUACGGCAACGCCGGCCACAGACCACGAUGGAUAGCCGUGGGGGUGUUCUGCAGUGCCCUGUCCUGCCUCGUCCUCGCCCUGCCGCACUUCAUCUACGGCCCGGGUCAGGAUGCCUUGGCCCUGACCCGCGAGUACCUGAACGCGUCGCUGGUCUCCCACCCGGGCAAGACUACCGAUUUGCCGGUCUGCUCAAGGGCCAGCCAACCCGAGGCCUGCGACGAGGAGAGUCUCACCGACACGAGCAUCGUGCCCCGACUACUGGUCUUCUUCUCCCAGUUCAUCCUGGGCAUCGGGACGACCUUGUACUAUGGCCUCGGGCAGACCUACAUGGACGACAACACCAAGAAGAAGAACGUGCCCAUGCUUUUAGGUUUCACGUUUGCCCUGCGGACGGUGGGACCAGCACUCGGGUUCGUUUUGAGCUACCUGUGCUUAAAUUUGUACAUCGACCCAACCCUGCACCCCAUAAUCGACCAAAAGGACCCGAGAUGGCUCGGCGCCUGGUGGCUCGGUUGGAUCAUUCUCGGGCUCACAAUGUCGGUCUUUUCGGCGCUGCUCGCCAUGUUUCCUCGAGAACUCGAGAGGUCGAAAAGAUCCGCCAACAGCAAGGAAGAAAAGGAGGCUCUGAGCGAAUGCGAGGUGCCCUUGAAGUUCGAGUCAAACAAGGCAACACCGGCAGAGCCGAUGGAAAAGCCCACCUUGAGAGAAUUUCCGAAAACGGUCAAGCGAAUAAUCACGAAUAAGAUAUUGUUCUGCAACAUAUUCAGCGGAGUGUUUUACGUUUUGAGCGCCGCCCCGUUCAUGAGUUUCCUCGCCAAGUACCUGGAGGUGCAGUUCCAAACCUCUCCGGGUGGAGGCAGCUUACUAGUUGGCCCGCUCACUCUUAUGGGGAUGGUACUCGGGUUCAUAAUCUCUGGAGUGGUUAUAGGCAGGUUCAAGCCAUCACCGAGGCCUCUGCUCUUUUGGAACGUCCUCGUGGGCCUUGGCUACUUCGUCACGCAGAUCUCGUUCAUGCUUCUUGGCUGUGAAAAUAGCAUCCAGGGCGUCGACAUGGACACCAUGAAAGUAAACCUGACGUCACCGUGCAAUGCAGCCUGUAGCUGCGAGACGGUCAAGUACGCGCCUGUCUGUCACCAGCCCACAAAGACCACCUUUUUCUCGGCCUGCCAUGCCGGCUGCCGCACGAUCGUGAACGACACCACGUUCGCCGAUUGCGGCUGCGUGUCCGAUCUGACCUCCGUCUUCCGGGACCAGAGCCUCCAGGGUGCUUCGUUGCUACUGUACCGGGAUGGCCUUGGGGCAGUCCAGAGCCUCGACCACGUUGUCACAGCUGGUCCCUGCAACCACAACUGCCUCAUGCCUCACGUGCUGUUUGCCAUUAUCUCCACGGUCAUCAACAUACUCGGCUGUUCGGGGAAGAUCGGCAACGUGCUCGUGAAUUACCGAUGCGUCGAGACGAGGGACAAGAGCCUGGCCCAGGGAAUCGGUCUGAUGGUCAUUUCGCUGUUUGGGCUGAUCCCGGGUCCCAUUCUUUUUGGCGCCAUCAUUGACUCGACGUGCCUCAUUUGGGACAUGUCUUGCAAGAAAAAUGGCAAUUGUUGGUUCUACCACACGAGCGACUUUCGUUACUACGUCAAUCUCACCUCUGCCUGUCUGUGCAUAAUCGGGGUGAUGUUCGACGCGACGGUGUGCUACCUCUCAAAGGACCUCGAUCUCUACGGAUACAAGGAGGAAGCAGAGGGUAGGCGCACGCCCGCGCUCAAGGGGAGUCAGCUGAAACUGCCCGACGAAAGGGACAUCGUCAGGCUCAAACAGUCGUCGACGUAGCAACUUCGUGCCGAUGAACUAUUUUUUUUUUCUUGCUUCUCCCAUUUGAAAACUGUAUGUUUUCAAGGACAUUGAUUCUUUUUUUUUUUUAUACCUAUAUACAUCCGUAUAAAGACCGAUUGUAAAUACUACCGUAAUUUAAGGAAUUGUAAUUUUUAUCUUUUACAAUAAUACACGACAUCCACGAG